CCGCCACCAGUAGCGCGGCGCAGCCAUGUCGGGUCCGGCGCGUGCGCGCACCAAAGUGCUUCACCUUCUUGUCACCGUUGUCCUGCUGCUGCACUGGAUCCCACAGGAGGCCUCAGCCGUGGUGUGCAAUCAGACACGAUGCGACUGUUCCGGUCUCAAGGGAGACCGCGGAGACCCCGGCCCCCCCGGCAUUAUUGGUCUUCAAGGUGACUACGGUGAUGAUGGACCCGAGGGCCGGCUCGGCAUAUCCGGCGAAAUAGGCGACUGGGGCGAGAAAGGAGACGUCGGUGACAAAGGAGAACGGGGUGCGGACGGCCUCUAUGGAGUAAGAGGAUAUACAGGACCUCAGGGCCCUCAUGGAUUGGAAGGAAUUCGUGGCGUGGCUGGAUUCGAUGGAUGUAGUGGUAUCGACGGAGUGGUUGGACCACCUGGAAGGCAAGGUCCUCCCGGUGACAGAGGGCUGCCCGGACCGUAUGGAGAAAAGGGAUCACAAGGUUUAGCUGGCGAAGGAGGAGUCAACUCAAGAGGUGCAAAAGGAAUAAUGGGUGAUUCUGGCAGACCUGGCUUACCGGGGCCUUCUGGUCCUAUGGGUUGGAGAGGAGACAGUGGACUCCGCGGUGAAGAAGGUGACGAGGGUAUAAUGGGUAUCAAAGGAGAACCAGGUUACAGAGGAGAUUCAGGUGAUAUUACCGUAGGACCACCGGGAAUAAAAGGAGAUCAAGGGGAAAUUGGUGAACCUGGACGACCAGCAACCAUAGUCAAUAUAGAUACUUUUAAACACAAUUUAAGCAUUAUAGCCAGGGGCGACAAAGGUGAUAAAGGACUUAAGGGAAUGCAAGGUGUAAAAGGACUAAAAGGAGAAUUAGGGUCGAGGGGUCAAAUGGGUCCAUAUGGUAUAAAUGGUCCACAAGGUUACAAAGGAGACCAAGGUGAAGAUGGUUCCAGAGGAAAACCUGGUCGUAGAGGAAAAGAUGGACCUCCAGGUCCUAAGGGUGACAAAGGUGCUCCUGGUUUCGCAGGAUUAGACGGAGAAGAUGGUUUACCUGGUGGGCCCGGAGAAGAUGGCAGGACCGGAACUCCUGGAGAGCAAGGACCUAUGGGUGAACCCGGUAUUUUUGAUGAAAGUUUAAACGAACCUCUACUACCAGGUGCUCAGGGACCGCAGGGUCCUGUAGGUUAUGUGGGACAACAGGGAGCCCCAGGAAUUGAUGGAUUAAAAGGAUUGCCUGGAGUUAUGGGACCACCUGGUUAUCCAGGUGUUAAAGGAUUUCCCGGAAGGGUGGGUAAUCCAGGAAUCUCACCCAAGGGAGAACCAGGGAGUGACGGACGCAGAGGCCUACCUGGACUCAGAGGACCACCGGGUUUUCAAGGAUCGAUUGGUACAUUAGGUCCUAAGGGAUUUAAAGGAGCCACAGUCAAAGGUCCUGAUGGUGAAGAUGCCUUGCCAGGCACAGACGGUAUCCCUGGACCGAGAGGAGAUAGAGGUGAACCUGGGUUUAUGGGUCAACCGGGUUAUCCUGGCCGUGGGGUGCACGGAAUGGGACCACAAGGAGACACCGGACCACCAGGGCCACCAGGUACAGUUGGUGAUUCUGGCACUCCAGGACGACCAGGGUUUCCGGGCUUGAAAGGGCAGAGAGGUGACGAUUGUCCAUUCUGUAAAUCAGGUUUACCUGGACCUAAAGGGCAAGUGGGCGAUAGCGGUUUUCCUGGACGAAGAGGAUAUCCAGGAAUUCAAGGAUUGCCAGGGCCACGUGGCCAAACUGGUUUGCCCGGUACUUCUGGCAUACCGGGUGCCAAGGGUGUAAAAGGAAAUAAGGGACAAUCUGGUAUGGCGGGACCUCAAGGACUAAAGGGUCAAAAGGGGUGGCUUAUUCGUCCACCACUGGAUUUGACCUUAGCAGAACGGGGCCUUCCUGGAGACGUAGGCUUCAUAGGUUUCCCCGGGCUGACCGGAGAUGGAGGUUGGCCUGGGCUCGGGGGGGAUGUGGGCCCAACCGGUGUGAAGGGAAGAAUCGGCGAAUUCGGCAACCCCGGUUUGCCCGGACAAAACGGAUCAAGAGGACGAGAUGGUGCUCCCGGCUGGCCCGGUGCGCCCGCUGACAUACCAAUGGCUUUUCUGCGUGGAGACAAAGGAGAAGCUGGAAUUAAAGGUCAACAUGGUGAGGUUGGAGAACCUGGUCAGCCAGGAGAGGUUGGAGAAUCCCUAGAAAACGGCAUUAACGCUAAAGGGGAACGAGGACCUCCAGGAUUUCCUGGGAUAAAAGGUUAUCGCGGCAGAAAAGGUGACCGUGGCGAUAUGGGAUACGACGGCUUUAGGGGUAUUCCCGGUGACGUGGGGCUUCCCGGCAGAUCUAUACAAGGCCCUGUUGGAAUACAGGGAUUUCUUGGCGAAAAAGGAGAAAUAGGUCCUAGUGGGGAACCCGGAACACGUGGUCAACGUGGAGUCACAGGAUUUGUUGGUAAUAAAGGGCAUAAAGGAUCAAGGGGCGAAAUUGGCCUUGCUACAAUUUUUGGUGAGAGAGGUAUAGAUGGCUACCGCGGAGAGCGAGGUGAUAUCGGUGAACCAGGAUACCCCGGCACGCCAGGUCGCGGCGGUAUCAUGGGAAUUAAGGGCAUCACUGGAUUUUCUGGCGACGUGGGUCUGGAUGGACCACAAGGACCACCAGGACGAAAAGGACUACCUGGUAUACAAAUACAGGGUGCUUCUGGAAUUCCUGGACGCCCAGGAUUCCCUGGGCCCAGGGGACAAAUUGGUGAACCUGGUUUGCAAGGAGUAAAUGGUAUACAAGGUGAUGUCGGACCUAAAGGCGUAAAAGGAGAAGCUGGUCGCGUUGGCAUUCGUGGAUGGACUGGCCAAAUAGGACCAGUUGGCUUUCCUGGCUUCCCAGGAGUUAUGGGAACCCCUGGAUCCCAAGGUGAAGUUGGAGACAGAGGUGAGGUUGGAGAACAAGGAUCUUCAGGGCAACCUGGAACAACGGGUCCCCCGGGACUUGAGGGACCUAAAGGAUAUAAAGGUGACUACGGUUUAAGCGGACUACCUGGAUUAGAUGGUUUUAAUGGAGUCAAAGGAGCCCGAGGAGAUCAAGGAUUACCCGGCAUACCGGGUUCGCGCGGUGAAAAUGCAUUAUUAGGAAUGAAGGGUGACGUUGGAGAUUCAGGGGAGUAUGGAGAAUUUGGAAUACCUGGUAUUGUUGGACUCAAAGGGUUAAAAGGAGAUGAUGGAACCCCUGGGUUAUCUAUUGGGGGAUAUGAAGGUUUGAAAGGAGAGCAAGGGGAGCCUGGACUACAAGGCAUCAUUGGUCUUAAUGGAACCAAAGGCGAAUUGGGCCCCAACGGUGUCGAUGGCCCUCCGGGUGAAACAGGUGACAAAGGUUACCAGGGCCAACCAGGAGGCCCAGGAAGAGAUGGAUUAAUUGGUUUCAAGGGACCAAUGGGUAGGCCGGGUCUUGUUGGCUAUACCGGAGCAAAAGGUGACCUAGGGAUGGAAGGGGAGCCGGGCAUUAUGGGUAGACCGGGCAUUCCAGGAAAUGAAGGCUGGCAAGGUCUAAUAGGCGUCAAGGGUGAAAUGGGUUUCAAGGGAGAACGUGGAGAAAGGGGAAUUAGUACCCGUUUACCGGCUACAAAAGGUGAUAUUGGAGAUAUUGGAAUUGAUGGAAUACCUGGACCAAAAGGAUCGGCAGGGGACAACGGUAAUUUUGGAAUCAUAGGCAUUAAGGGAGAACGUGGUGAAAUUGGUAUGAAGGGAUUAACUGGUGAAGAUGGGCUACCAGGUGUAAAGGGUCAGAUAGGAGAUCAAGGCCCACCAGGAUUGCCUGGAUUAGACGGAAUUGACGCUGAAAGGGGUCAAAAAGGUAAAGCUGGAUUUGAUGGGCUUCCUGGAUGGCCUGGGCCAAUGGGUCAAAAAGGUGCUCCUGGUGAAUAUGGUAUUACCGGUCCUGAUGGUGAAAGUGGACCACCGGGAUUAAGUUUCCAGGGCCCGAAAGGUUUUAAAGGUAUGGAUGGGUUUGUUGGCAAACAAGGAGAACCCGGAAAGCCUGGACCUAGAGGAAUGGAAGGAAUUCCUGGAUUGCAAGGAAAACCAGGAGAUGUAGGUGAAGUAGGAUCCUCGUUUAGUGCUAAGGGAGUUACAGGCGAUCAAGGAUGGCCUGGGUUAAAGGGCUAUCAAGGCAUUAAGGGUGAUAGGGGUGAUAAUGGAUUGGACGGCUAUAUAGGGAUGCAAGGCUCUACGGGUAUUAAAGGAGAAAGAGGAGAGCAAGGCGUGCAGGGCAUCACAGGUCUUAAAGGACCUAGAGGAAUGAAAGGUGAUAAAGGAAAAACUAUUCAUCAAUCAGAAAUAUUACCCGGUCCUAUAGGCGAUGUUGGUCCUCGUGGAUUUCCUGGACGUCGCGGAGCGGACGGUCCGCCGGGUCCAAAUGGACGUAAUGGCUUGUUCGGCAUUAAAGGCGAAAGAGGAGACGUCGGUUUCAUGGGCGCAGUAGGACUUCCAGGACCUCAAGGCCCUCAAGGAAUAAAAGGAUUUAUAGGUUAUCAAGGUUAUGAAGGUAGACAAGGAGCGCCAGGGGUUCCGGGUACACCUGCGCCACCACCGCCGAUACCGAAGUCGCGAGGUUUUUAUUUCACGGUACAUUCACAAACCAGAAUGAUUCCACAAUGUCCAGCGGGAACAUCACCUCUCUGGGAAGGAUUCUCCCUUAUACAUAUAGUUGCGAAUGCAAAAGCUCACGGUCAAGAUUUAGGAGCACCUGGGAGUUGUCUACGUAAGUUCUCAACCAUGCCAUACAUGUUUUGCAAUCUUAACAAUGUUUGUGACUUUGCUCAACGCGAGGAUUACAGUUUUUGGCUGUCCACGCCAGAGCCAAUGCCGAUAGCUAUGAAGCCUAUUCAAGCUAGAGAUGUCGGUUCAUACAUAUCGAGGUGUCAAGUGUGUGAGACAUCAACACGAACAAUCGCCAUACAUAGCCAAAGUAGUGAAGUGCCAACGUGUCCACAGGGUUGGGACGAAUUAUGGAUUGGUUACAGCUUUUUAAUGCACACGGCAGGCGCAGACGCAGCUGGACAAAGUUUAAUAUCUCCUGGGUCCUGUCUCCGCGAGUUCCGUACGCGGCCAUUUAUUGAAUGUAACGGUCUCGGUCGCUGCAAUUACUUCGCAACCGCCGUCUCCUACUGGUUAUCGACCAUCGACGAUAACAGAAUGUUCUCACGGCCUGAACAACAAACGCUUAAGGAAGAUAAAAUCACUAAAGUUAGCAGAUGUUCGGUGUGCAUGAGGCGGCUCCCGGGCCCGCCGGCCGGCGUCUACCAGGGAGGCGACGUGCGCUCGGUGCCCAACGAAGUGGUGCGCCAGCGGCCGUACAACGUCCCGGGCCGCAGACCGCCUUACGGGCCCUACGGACGCAGAUACUCCAGGCGCGGCCAGCGACAGCCCGUCAGAGUCUACAAGCACGUCACUACAUAGCUCACGCAACCUUAACUCUAAUUGAAGUGCUUACAACUAUAUUUUUAAACUACAUAUCAAGAACAAAAUCUCAGUCACUGCCAUCUUUGUAUUAUAAUAAAUUAUAGAUUUACUGUUUUAAUAAAUAUUGGCAUUUGAUGAAAUAAUUUAGGAUUUGGAAAACUAGCUAUGGAUAAUCAUGACAAGUACAAGGAACCUUAAACAUGUUACGAAUGUCAGAGUGUUUAUGUUGCAAUUACCUCGUGAAUAUGAAUGUAGUGUGAGGUUUAAUAUUCAUUUCCACAUUUAAUUAUAGUUGUUCAAUAAAUAUUUUUUCAUUGUCAUUUAGGGAUACAAAUAAUUCGUAUUGUGUCGAGAAGUCGUUUUAAACGCCCAAGUUUUGUAAAUAAUAAUAACAUAUUAAAUAACAAUAUAAUUGUAGGUUAAUAAAAUGAUUAUGUUAGGA